UUGGUUAUACGUUAUGAGCUGUUACGCCUUUCAUAUAUCCCUCCGCAGUUUUUUGUCCCCUUUCAGACUGUUUUGGUCUUUUCGCUGUUAGCAACGGAAAGAACCUGAGAUAGCUGUAAACCCUAUUUUGAGAUAAACGAAUUUAUUUGUUAGGAUUACACAACAAACUGACAAGAGGUGUAACAUCCAUUUUUAAUUUGGAAGAGUGAUUGGCGCGUGUUGUCUUUUUAAAAUAUAUUUUUUUCCCGUUUUAAUAGGAAUUGUACAGAUUGCUAAUUUAGAUAGCAACUGUUAGCGAGCUAGCUUCUUAGCAUAGCAUCUUCCUCAAGAGGCACGUUGACAUUACCCUGCUACUAGUUUACCAGAUCUUAGGAUUGCUAACGUUAGCGAGCUGUCACACAAUCACACAUCGUCAAGAAAUUGCGGUGUGAAGCUGGUCGUUUUAAGACGCUGUCUUUUAUGGGAUCACCAUGUCAAUGAAGGCCGGUGGAAAUCGCAGCAAGCCCGGCGGUGGCAACACCGCUGGUGCCGCCGCCUCCGGUGCUGGAGGAAGCGGCGGGGGAAGACAGAAUCUGGGCAGGGGAAGACACAGUGGUAAAGGUCCUGCAGCAGUUAUUUUCAAUGGUGUAUAUGCAAAUAUGAGGAUGGUCCAUGUCUUGACUUCAGUGGUGGGGACCAAGUGUGAGCUGAAAGUGAAAAAUGGAGCGGUCUAUGAAGGAGUAUUUAAGACAUAUGGUCCAGAGUGUGACCUGGUGUUGGAUGCAGCCCACAGAAAGAGCCCAGAGCCGAGCAUAGCUCCCAGGAAAGAGGAUAUUGUGGAGAGCAUCAUUUUCAAGGCCUCAGAUGUCGUAGUGGUGACCUUUAAAGACGUGGACCUGAAUUUCGCCAGGAAAGUCUCCUCUGACACAGACAACUUCACAGAUGCAGCAGUGAGCGGUAAGAUCAAUGGCGAGCAUAAAGAGAAGGAUCUAGAGCCCUGGGAUGGAGGAGAGACCCACAACUCUGACAGCCUCGAGUCUCUGGAUACAGAUGUGUCAAACGGGUGGGACCCCAAUGACAUGUUCAAGUACAACGAGGAGAAAUAUGGAGUCUUGUCUACAUAUGACAGCAGCCUGUCCACAUACACUGUCCCCCUGGAACGGGACAACUCAGAAGAGUUUCUCAAGAGGGAGGCGCGUGCCGCCCAGCUGGCAGAGGAGAUUGAGGCCAGUGCCACAUACAAGGCCCGUGUGGCCCUGGAGAACGAUGAACGCUCUGAGGAGGAGAAAUAUACUGCUGUGAUGCGAGGGGAAAGGGAGACUCACACACUAAGCAGAGAGAACAAGUACAUUCCUCCAGGUCAGAGGAACAGGGAGGCGAUGUCCUGGGGACCGGGACGUCAGAAUUCACCUCGCCUGUCUCAGAGCUCAGCUGGACCCUCAACUCCUCGACCAGGACCUCACGACUACAGUCCCAGCUCCGGGGCUGACCAGAGGGUGGUUAACGGAGGUUCAUCCCAUUGGCCCUCACCCUGUCCGUCUCCUUCCUCCCGCCCCCCCUUUCGUUACCAGUCUGGCCCCUCCUCCCUGCCUCCUCGGGCGACCACGCCCACCAGGCCACCCUCCAGACCCCCCUCUCGACCUUCCAGGCCUCCCUCUCAUUCAUCCCACCCCUCCUAUCCCUCCUCCUCAUCCUCCUAUUCCCACCAUGGGCCUUCAUCACCAGCCUCUACUCUGCCCAAACGCAUGUCUUCAGAAGGCCCACCCAGGAUGUCUCCAAAAUCCCAGCGGACGCCUCGAGCUCACAGAGUGCCACCCUGCCGGACCACUGGAGUCCCUCCAGGAGUGGAUUUAAUUUCCCACAAUGCCCCUGGAGAGGUCCCAGUGACUCCACCAACCAGGAGCAGCUCCUCUGGAGGGACAUGGUCCUCGGUGGUUAGCGGAGCUCACAGACCUCGCUCCCCCCGACAGAAUAGUAUGGGUGGGGCCUCUUCUGGCUCCUCCUCCUCCCUCCCAGCACCCCAGACAGGAACAGCUCCUGUGGAAACUGUUGCUACAGCAACAUCAGCUUCCUCUCCUACUGCUGCUAGCCCCGCCCCCAACAUGGUCGCCUCUUCUUCAGCAGAUGCAAAAGAGUGUCGUGUCCAGGAGACGAGACAGACUUCCCCCACGGCUAACAAAGAGAACAUCAAGCCCUUGGACAGCUCACCUAGUAUUACCAGACCAGUCUGUAAAGGACCCCCUUCUAUGGCACCAGACCACAGAAAACAAAUAGAUAAUUUAAAGAAAUUUAGUGUCGAUUUUAGGUUGCAGUCUAGUUCAAACCCAGACCCCGCCUUUGACCAGAUGAUGACCAAGCCUCCCAGAGACCCAGCAGACAAGCCGAAAGACCUUCCCCUGGACAAAGCCUCCACAGUGGGGCGGGAGGGCACUGAAGACGGUGUUGGAGUGAUAGCUGCUGGCACUCCCGGUGGUGCCUCUGCUCCAUCCACCACCUCCACAAACACCAGUAAGCCUGGCAGCCCCGCUGCACUGUCUCCGUCUCCCUCAGCCCCCGACCAGAAGAGAGCGGGGCUGGAUGUGACAUCACAGGGGGUUCAGACGACAGCCACGUCCACAUUCAGCGGACCCAAGCAUGAAGAGAAGGAGGAGAAAAAGGAGGCCGUGCAAGAUCAAGUGAGAAAAUCAACCCUGAACCCAAAUGCCAAUGAGUUCAAACCCAGGUUCAAUACACAGCCCAAACCAGCCAACACCCCGACGCCUCCCCGGCCUCAGGGCCAGCCCAGCCCCUCCAUCGUGGUCCAGCAGCCCCCGGCUGUCUACGGCCAGACAGUCUGCUUCCCCCAGAUGUAUCCCCUCACACCAGUCAGCCCCGGAGUGCAGAAAAGCAUAAUAUGGAAGUCUCCAGCUAUGUACCAGGUUCAGAUGCCUCAUAUGACAGUCAGCCAGUCUAAACCCUACAGACCAGGUAAAGUACCCAACAUGCCCCAGCAGAGGUCAGACCAGCACCACCCGCAAGGCACGGCCACCAUGAUGCACCCAGCGACGGCAGCAGGACCCCCUAUUGUAGCACAGAGUCCUGCCUACUCUGCCCAGUACUUCACCUGCAGCCCGCAGCAGUUCACCAGUCAGCCACUGGUCCAGCAGAUGACACAUUACCAAUCACAGGCGCAGCACGUGUUCAGUCCGGUAAUGCAGGGCAGUGCCAGGAUGAUGGCGCCACCCACACAUGGCCAACCCACCCUCGUCUCUUCCUCCACUACACAGUACCCAGAGCAGACACACACCAUGUAUGGUACGUCAGCACACCACUUGUGUAUGUUUAUAUGCAACCGGCCAGAAUGUGCAGUGUCUCCAGGGCCAAUGCCUCAGCAGUACCCCCACCCCAGCGCCACUUUGCACCCUCACCAACAGCACCCCCAGCCCUCUGCCACGCCUACAGGCCAAGGCCAGCAGGGUGCUCCCCCCCAACAUGGAGGACAUCCUAACCACCCAGCUGCCAGCCCAGUCCAGCACUCACAGCACCAGCAGGCAGCAGCAGCAGCAGCAGCCCAGGCCCUCCAUCUGGCCAACCAGCCCCAGCAGCAGCAGAUGUAUUCUGCCUUGGCCCCCACUCCCCCCUCCAUGACCCCGGGGCCCAACCCGCAGUCUCCCCAGGCAUCGUUCCCCUCUGCCCAGCAGACUGUCUAUAUCCACCCGCAGCAGGUGCAGCACGGCUACAACCACAACCACAUGGCGCACGUGCAGCAGGCCCACAUGCAGUCUGGUUUAGUGCAGUCUCACCACCCGGGGCAGACCCACCCCACAAUGAUGCUGAUGGCCACCCAGGGUCCUCCAGGGGGUCCGCAGCAACAAAUGCCCCAGACUGCCCUCAACCCCAUACCCGUUUCUUCCACCACACAUUUCUCCUACCUGGCACAUCCACAAGUGCAAGCUCAUCAUCAGCAGCAGCUGUAGACAGAGGAGGGCACCAGCGAGCUGAGGGAGCCGCUCCGCAGCGCGCUUCUCAACCAGAGCCUUCAUCACCAGGCGAUGAAGAGAAUGAGAGCCCCCCCCCUCCCCCCCUCUUUCCUCAUCCUCACCAGACAUGCAUCACAUUAGCUUUUCUCUUCCCUCCCCUCCCUCCAAGACUAGGCAAUAACAGAAUGUUAACAGGUUGAUGCAGUGACAUGUUUUAACAAACUAGAGAGUUUUAACAGGCAAGCCUGCUCCUAUUCAGCCCCUGAUAUCUGCAAACACUCACACAAACAAAACACCCACACACUUUCAGGGUGCCCAAAUUGCAACUUGAGUCAGCUUGCCAAGUGAGACGGUGAAAGAGAGAAUGAGAGAAACUAAUCCGUGAGAGUGAAGAAGAAAUUUCAACUGGAACUUGUAUUUUGUCUGCACCUUGUUCUGAAAAAAAAAGAUCUUCCAACUUUUAGACGGUAUUAAUCUUACUGUUUAUUGCUGCUGCUAUGUGCUGCGUUUGUUUCCAGACUACAUGACAGGUUUCUAACCAAACUAAAAACGAAACAUGACGAGAAGCUUCCUGUGAAAUAAACUCGUUUUGGCAGCCAAGAGGACAGGAGAAACGUUAUUUAUGAAAUUAUAAUGGCUGAGGUGAUCAGAUCCCACUUCUCACCCGACCCUUAUGUAACUUUUAAGUUAAAACUUUUACUUUGUAGAUAAUAUAAAUAAUUUAAAAAAUGAGCAAAAAAAUUUAAAAACAAUAAAAAAGUUUUAAAAACUGAA